CAAAGUUUUUUUGUUCAAAAAUUAGUGGGUAUAGGGGGAUGCUGGAUUUGGUCUCACAAGACAAGAAGAGCACUAAAAAUGGCAAGCACAUCUCCAUUUCUCCUCCCUCCAAAUUUUUGGUCUGUUAGUAGUUUUAGGAGCCAUUUCCGGAAUCAUUCAUCCUCACCAAACAAAGAAGAGAGAGAAAAAGAAGAAGAAGAACAGACAGACAAAAACAAAGAUUUCAUUUUUUUUUUCUUUUUUGUUUACACUCAUUGGCUACCAACCUUACGCUUUUUCAGUUUUUUGCUUUCCCCAUCAAUCCUAACAUCUCCGGUGUUUUUGAAAUCUGAAAAACCCACAUUUCAUAUAAGCACCAGAAGAAACAAGAACUCACAAAUUUCCUUUCAUUAAACUAGACAGACACACCCAUUUGUUGGUUUUUGAUUCUGAUUCUGUCAUUCUUUGUUUCUUCAGUUCUGUUACAGGAAUGGCUCUUCGGUUUCUGAAAACCAUUCAUUGAUGGAGGGAAAAAAGGAUGAGACUUGAUUUGAUUUGGGUAUUGAUGGGUGAGGGAGAAUAGGCACCAAAAAAGGGGAAUGCAAGAGAGAUAGAUGUAGAGAGGGGGAGGGGGAGGGGGAGGGGGAGAGAGACAAAGGAGGGGGUUCUUGAGAGAGAAUGAGCAAAGACCGCAAAGGCAUUCUAAAGGCCUGGGAAGCAACUGUAAAGAAAGCGAAAGCUGCUCCAAAGAAGAGAGCAAACACCAUAUUUGGAACCAUGUCUGUAGCUCAUGUUGAUGAUGAUGAUUCCGGUACUGCCCCUGAAGAACUUCAACAUGCGGAGAGGGCUCUACCCAAUGGGGACUUCUAUACUGGUCAAUGGCUUGAUAGCCUACCUCAUGGCGAUGGCAAAUACCUCUGGACUGAUGGGUGUAUGUAUGUUGGUGAAUGGCAGAGAGGCAAAACCAUUGGGAAAGGAAAGUUCAGCUGGCCCUCAGGAGCUACAUAUGAGGGUGAGUUCAAGAGUGGUUACAUGGAUGGCAAGGGCACCUAUACCGGUUCCUCUGGGACCACAUACAAGGGUUCUUGGGUAAUGAACUUGAAACAUGGACAGGGCACCAAGAGUUUUGCCAAUGGGGACUAUUACGAGGGCGAUUGGCGCCGUGGCCUGCAACAUGGACAUGGAAGGUACCAAUGGAAAAAUGGGAAUCACUACAUUGGCCAAUGGAAGAAUGGGAUGUUCAAUGGCAAUGGAACCAUGAUCUGGAGCAAUGGAAAUAGGUAUGAUGGGUUUUGGGAGACUGGUUUGCCUAAAGGAAAUGGAACUUUCAGAUGGGCAGAUGGGAGUUUCUAUGUUGGGCUUUGGAGCUUGGACCCUAAAGAGCAGAGUGGGACUUAUUACCCUUCUGGCUCUCCGACCGGGAACAAUUUUGAUUGGGAUCCGCAAGAGGUGUAUUUAGAGGACUUGAGUGCAUGCACGAUUUUCCCUUGUGAGAAAGUGACAGUAUUUCCAUCAGAGAAGAUGCCAAAUUGGACUUCUGAAGGGCAGGCCAAUCUUAAAGCAAAAGGGAAUGAUAGGAGACCUAGGAGGAUGUCCGCUGAUGGGAGGAUUAGUGAUUACAGCAAUUGCAGUUGGGGCUCCUCAGACUAUGCUAUUGAUGGUGGUUUUGAUGGUAAUGAAGGGAGUUUAAGGAACGGAGAUGAAGGAUUGAGGAAUCUUCAACUUGAAUCAGAAUCAGGAACGGGAAGGUAUCAGCAACCAUUGAGAAUACAGCCAGCAAAGAGGCAGGGGCAGACAAUAUCGAAAGGGCAUAAGAAUUACGACCUCAUGCUCAAUUUGCAGUUGGGGAUCAGACAUUCUGUGGGAAGGCCUGCUCCAGCCAUAUCCCUUGAUCUCAAGUCUUCUGCUUUUGAUCCCAAGGAAAAAGUAUGGACUAAAUUUCCCCCCGAAGGAUCCAAGCACACCCCACCUCAUCAAUCCUGUGACUUCAGGUGGAAGGAUUACUGUCCAGUGGUUUUCAGGACUCUUAGGAAAUUGUUCAAUGUGGAUGCAGCUGAUUAUAUGCUAUCAAUAUGUGGAAAUGAUGCCCUGCGAGAGUUAUCAUCCCCUGGCAAAAGUGGAAGUUUUUUUUAUUUAACCCAUGAUGACCGUUACAUGAUAAAGACAAUGAAGAAGUCUGAAGUAAAAGUACUCAUAAGGAUGCUGCCAGCCUAUUACAAUCAUGUUCGGGCAUUUGAGAACACCCUAGUCACCAAAUUUUAUGGUCUGCAUUGUGUGAAAUUAACUGGAACUGCGCAGAAGAAGGUCCGAUUUGUCAUAAUGGGGAAUCUUUUUUGCACCACAUAUGCCAUUCAUAGGCGUUUUGACUUGAAAGGUUCUUCCCAUGGUCGAUUAACUUCUAAGCCUGAGUCAGAAAUUGAUGCAACAACCACCCUCAAGGACCUUGAUCUCAAUUUCAUAUUUCGAUUGCAGAAAGUUUGGUUCCAAGAAUUUUGCAGGCAAGUGGAUAGGGAUUGCGACUUUCUUGAACAGGAGAGAAUUAUGGACUACAGUCUUUUGGUUGGCCUUCACUUCAGAGAUGCUUCAAAUAAGGAUUGCCUCACACCCCCUCGGACUUCUGGAGUUCGUACACCUACUGAAAAUGGAGACCCUGAUACUGAAGCAGGAGGCCCUCGCCUUUCUAGAGCGGACAUGGAUCAGCAUCUUUUUGACUCAUCUCGGUGGGCUUCCAUCAAACUAGGCGUGAACAUGCCGGCAUUGGCUGAACGGACAGUGAGAAGAAGCAACUGUGAAUCUCAGCUGGUUGGAGAACCAACUGGUGAAAUGUAUGAUAUCAUCAUAUUUUUUAGCAUAAUUGACAUACUACAAGACUACGACAUUAGUAAAAAGCUUGAGCACGCAUACAAAUCAAUGCAAUACGAUCCAACUUCCAUCUCUGCUGUUGAUCCGAGGCAAUAUUCAAAACGUUUUCGGGAUUUUGUCUUCAGAAUUUUCGUAGAAGAUACUUAAAGAAGGUUUAGAUUGACACAAUACUUUUGACUUCCCAGCUUAUGGUCAUCUGUGUAUAGUUGGUCUUCGUCCCAGAUGAUAAGAGCUAUAUAUUCAUGGCAGUUUGUGCAGGAAGAGCAGUUACCGACCUCAUGGUUUGGCAAGAGCUAUAUAUUCGGCGAGACGAUAGUUCAAAGGAGUAACAGAGCACUGGAAAAAUGUCUUGAAAUGAUUCUUUUUGUACCUAGAAUUUUUUUCACAGGAGGUGAAGAGUCCCUGCUUAUGUUAUUUAAAAUGUACAGGAGGAGAUGACAAUGGGACUAACUUUCAGUUAGUGAUGUUAAAUGAAAAUUUUCUUCUAGCUUUAUCACUUCCUGUUUCAUUCUUUUUU